AUGGGUGCCAGUGACCUAGAGCUCCACGUUUCCACUGCAGCAGCCACAGCAGCAGCUGCUGCUGCUGCCACAGCUGCCGCUGCUAGUAAUCAGGCGGCUGCUGGUCUUCCAGCGCCAUUGCCGGGCCAGCCGCCUGGACUAGUGCCCAUAUCGCCGGCUGCUGUCCUCGGCGUUGCUCUCUCACCCUCAUACGGUCUUCAAAUGAUACAUGGUGCCAUCGUUGGGCUUCUUUUUCUCGGAGGAGGCCGGUAA